AUGACUGCUGAAGGACCGUGUAUUACACAACUCGAGUUCAUUUUCAGCAAGUACACUAGUGUCGUCGCGGGCGUCGCGGUCAUCGCGGUCAUCGCGGUCAUGAUGCGCAAAAUAACUGCUAUCGCAUCAUCAUUCUCCAUCCCGAAACAUGUGGAUUUGGACGUUAUCAACAAUUCAACAUCCGAUAUCAUCAUCACGGGCACCGUCAGAAUAUCUUCCUUCUGGCCCGAGAAGACCCUGAGCAUUGUGCACAAGGCGGGCUGUUCCUGCAUCGUGGGCUCGCAGCUCAUCAACUGCCAGGAGGAGCUCACUUCACUAUCUCUUUCCAUCUGCAAGCGGCGUCCUCUAUUCAGUGGUGAUGGGAACAAGGACGCGAGAAUCUCGGGGAUGAGUACCCUAUGUUGUUGUGCAGUAGGACAACAUAACUAUAUUUGUAACAGUCACGGUACUGCUAAGCAUCAUAACGAAGAGCCUGUUUAUGUCAAAGAUAUGUCCGACGGCAGCGAUUGGUCUCAUCUCGCAGCGCUAUACCCCGUCCUAAGAUAUGGCCUUACAGGAACGAACCUAUAAGCAGUAGUCGAUGCCUGAAACCAUACCUCUCCAACACCAACUUUCACACGUGGAGUCCUUUCGUCUUACCUCUUCCGAUCACCAUCGCCUACUUACAUCUCCCUUCCUCCCGGUGAACGCGCAUCGUAAGCAAACUAUUUCUUGAUAUGCUCAGGAGAAGCUGAUUGCGGACGAGCAGCUGCUUACACC